AGCUAUGCCCCCACCGUGUUUGAGAACUACACGGCCAGUUUUGAGAUCGACAAGCAGCGGAUCGAGCUGAAUAUGUGGGACACCUCAGGCUCGACCUACUACGAUAACGUCCGCCCUCUCGCCUACCCUGAUUCGGACGCUGUUCUCAUCUGCUUUGACAUCAGCCGUCCAGAGACCCUUGAUAGUGUUCUGAAAAAGUGGCAGGGGGAGACCCAGGAGUUCUGCCCCAGUGCCAAAGUGGUUCUGGUGGGAUGCAAACUGGACAUGCGCACCGACCUGAACACUUUGCGGGAACUGUCCAAACAGCGCCUGAUCCCUGUCACGCAUGAGCAGGGCAGUCUACUGGCCCGGCAGUUGGGCGCCGCGGCGUACGUGGAGUGCUCUUCCAAGGUGUCGGAGAACAGCGUCCGGGACGUUUUCCACGUGACCACGUUGGCCUCUGUCAGCCGCACGCACAAGCACCUCAAGCGGAGCAACUCCAAACGGGGGCUGAAGCGGGUCUCACAGCUGUCCGGGAGGACGGACUUGUUGACUGACUCCGAGAUCCACAAGGACCGUGCCAAGAGCUGCCUGCUGAUGUGAGAGGAGAGGAGCCACC